AUGUUGGUUAAUGGAAUCCUCGAAUAUGUCUCUCCUUUGUUCCAGGUUGUUUGGGUGGAGGAACACGACAAACGCUCGUUCCUGCUCGACCUGCUGAACGUGGCCGACAUGCACCAGCCAUCUGCCGAAAGCCUGACGCUAGUCUUCGUCGAAACUAAGAAGGGUGCCGACUCCUUGGAGGACUUUCUGCAUCAGGAGGGCUACCCGGUGACCUCCAUUCAUGGCGAUCGCAGCCAGCGCGAACGGGAGGACGCAUUGAAGCAGUUCCGGUCCGGAAACACGCCCAUCCUAGUGGCCACUGCGGUGGCGGCUCGUGGACUGGAUAUUCCUCAUGUCAAGCACGUGAUCAACUUCGAUCUGCCCUCCGACAUUGAGGAGUACGUCCAUCGAAUCGGACGUACCGGCCGUAUGGGCAACUUGGGCUUGGCCACCUCCUUUUUCAACGACCGCAACCGCAACUUGGCCAGCGGCAUGCUCGAUCUGCUAGUGGAGGCUAAACAGGAAUUCCCAUCGUGGCUGGAAGGCGUGGCGUCAGACAGCCGCCUAAUGGGCUCAGGCCGAAGAGGCGGCGGCAAGCGGUAUGGCGGCAACGGCGGCGGCAGCAGCUUCGGCAGCCGCGACUACCGCCAACAGAGCGGAAGCUCUCAGCGCUCAUCGAAACCCAACUCGGGCGGAAACUACGGCGGCAGCAGCUACGGAAACGGAGGCAUGGACCGCGCUAGUAACUUCGGCGGAAACUACAACUCCAACAGCAAGGACGACUGGUGGUAGGGGGCCACAGCAAACGGGGGGCGAACGACUAAACAGUGCAUAAAAAAUAUAUUCAGCUCUUGUACUAUUUAGAUUUGAGUACGACACAUUUAUUAACCAUUAACCGAAAUUGCGCUGAUUUCAGGAACUCGUCGUAGCAAUGCUAUAGCUCAUUGAAUAUCCACCAUAAAAAACUAAUGUGAAUAGGUUUAUUAGGGGGGCGGUCCAGCCGCUCAUUCGUAAUUUAUUUUGUUAAUUUGACCCCGCCGGUUUUCAUCUAUCACUUGCUUGCCGGCAUAUUUCACGUUUUUAUUGUCUAAUUCCCGAAAGCAUACAGUGCAAGGCCCGAACGAAGCCCCAGUCCUUUGGGCUGGUCGCUUCGCUUGGUCCCGCUGUAUAGUAAUGCAUACCGUUAUUACUGUAGAGCAUCAGAGUGGCAAAAUAAAGCAUUUCUAUUAGUUAA